AGGCUGAUGCCAGCAGUACUCAACAUUUCCUGAUUCCCAUGAUGGACUUGACUGUGUCUUCCCUGCUGUCCAUGGUGGUUUACACCUGUUGUACAUGGGCCAUACCUGCUCAGAGUACCUCAGUGAGCUCCAAAAGGUUCCCUAAAAGUUAUUCAGAUGAUCACAUUGUACGCAGUGAGAUGACAGCGAUGGAUCAAAUCAUAGAGGCCAAUGAGAUGCAAGCUGCCCAGGUUCCAGACGGCACUCGUUUCAGGGAUGGAGAUAUCGCUGUGACCACCGGGAGGCGCUCCAAAGUCUGUUUCGCACGCAGCUGUCUGUGGUCCAAGUCGGUGGACGGACAUGUCUACAUCGCAUACAGGCUGUCAUUGGACUACAGUGAUUUGGAUCAGAGGAUAAUAAAGUCUGGUAUGGAGAACAUGGAGAGAGGUACCUGUGUGCGCUUUGUUCCAUGGACACACCAGAGGGACUACCUGGAUAUUCAGCCUAAGUCUGGGUGUUGGUCGUACCUAGGGCAGCGUGGUGGCAGACAGACUUUAUCUCUACAGUCUCCUGACUGUAUGUUGUCUGGCGUGGCCUCCCACGAACUCAUGCACGCCCUGGGCUUCGUGCACGAACAUUCCCGCAUCGACCGCGACAACUAUGUCACUGUCCUGUGGGAGAACAUUUGGAAGGAUCGCGUACGGAACUUUGAGAAGUUCAAAACCAACUCUCUGGACGUUCCCUAUGACUACGACUCCAUCAUGCACUUUGGGAUGUAUUCGUAUUCAGAGGAUGGAGAUCCUACCAUCAAACCUAAGAGGAAGAACCACAACAACCAUCUGGGGCAGAGGACCGGUCUCAGUCAACUGGACAAGAUGAAGAUUAACAAACUCUACAAAUGUGAAACCCUGGACGAUUAGAAAAAUCAAACAGAGAAACAUCAUCCACUGAAUCUCUGGUGUCAGAUAAUGGAAGCAUUUAAAUAAAGAUCGAUUGAC